CCCGAAUCUAAUAUACAAAAAAAGAAGAAGCAAAAAACUAUACUUUUUUCUCAACUUCUUACUAAUGAAAAUUCAUUAAAGUUAUUAAAAGAUACUAAGGAAGAAGCUGAGAAAAAAGCGAAUGAAAUAAAAUAUAAAAAAGAAUCUGCUACUCAAAAAUGA